AUGGUUGCCCAUUUCAGAUCACUGGCGGCUCACAGAAGGCCUGUGCUCGAGCUUUACCGGUGCCUGUUACGGCACUGUGCCCAUUUGCCUGGUGGUUCCUCGGUAGGCGAUGAGCUCAUCUCGAAGGUGAAGAGACACUUUGAGCUGGGGAAGGGCCUCAUGUCGCCACGGCUGGUGAGGGAAAGGCUCACCGAAGGGUAUGAAUUGGAGCGCAGACUUCGGAAUGGGAUCAACAAAGGUGAAUUGGACCUUGUUGAGGUGCGGGCGAUGCUCUCUGUGCCAGAGAAGGGUGGCCGCAGAGCGUUGAAGAACCGAUUUGGACAACCUAUCAAACGAGACUUGGAGAAUGAACAGGACCUCGAGCGUCAACAGAUCCAGAACUACUUGAAUAGAUACAUUCAGCUGAAGCAGCACCGUGGUGAACUGCCCAAGCGUAUAGACCCCCUGGUGGUGGAGCCAUUACUCAAGCCAGAGGCACUGUUCCACAGGGCCAUGAUGGACAUUGAGAUUGCACAGAGGAAGGUGUCAAGAGGCCCCUACCAGGUGCACGUGUCAACGAGCUCUGGUAUGCGGUUCCUAAGAGGUCCAUGGGUACAGCAUCCACGUAUCUCGUCGAAGAUCUUACUACAGACCAAACUGGAGCAACAAUUGCUUGAUGUGACACGAUACUACGAACAGUGGAGAUGGCUAUACGACAGUGAGAACCACUGGGAGCUACAGAUGGGCACAGGUGCCGGUGAUUGGGGCGAGACGAUUGAAACGGGUAUCAGGACGCUGGCCCGGAGAGUUGAAUCUAUCAAACUGGCCUCGAGGAAGUAUGCUGAGAACAAACUACCGGAAAUCCCAGUACGUCACGCCCCAUGA